UUGUUACUUCCAAAAUGGCGAUAAAUAGGAAAGAUAAUAACAGUUGUUCUGUUCGAGGGAUCUAACUUUUGAACGUUCAAUUUGAGAAAAUUAUGCAAAGUUUAUCGUAUGUGGGAUGAGCUGUUUCCCCUGCUCUUUGGGUGCAACAUUUUCCUUUAGGCUUAUGUAAUUUCUAUUCCUAUGUAAUCCAGUACGGAACCGUCGAACAGCAAGUUGUCGAAUUUUGAAUGGCAGUGAACAGAAUGCGAGAAGAUCCUGAGGAUGUUUUUACGAAACAAGAAGAAAUCGGGAAAGGCUCAUUUGGUAAAGUGUACAAAGGAAUCAACAAGAAAACAACAGAUGUUGUCGCAAUCAAAAUCAUUGACUUAGAAGAGGCAGAAGAUGAAAUUGAAGAUAUACAACAAGAAAUUACAAUUUUGUCUCAAUGUGAUUCACCAUAUGUCACCAAAUAUCACGGAUCUUUUUUGAAGGGUUCUAACCUAUGGAUAAUAAUGGAAUAUCUUGGAGGUGGUUCAGCUCUAGACUUGUUAAAAGCUGGAUCGUUUGACGAAUUGGCAAUCGCAACAAUAUUGCGAGAAAUAUUAAAAGGGCUAGAGUAUCUUCAUAUGGAGAAAAAAAUUCAUAGAGAUAUCAAAGCUGCCAAUAUUUUACUCUCUGAUCAUGGUGAUGUAAAACUUGCUGAUUUUGGAGUUGCUGGUCAGCUUACAAACACAAUGGUUAAACGGAAUACUUUUGUCGGCACACCGUUCUGGAUGGCACCAGAAGUUAUAAAACAAUCAGCAUAUGAUGCUAAGGCAGAUGUUUGGUCCCUGGGUAUUACAGCUAUUGAGUUAGCUAAAGGCGAACCACCUAAUGCUGACUUGCAUCCCAUGAGGGUUCUCUUUUUGAUCCCAAAAAAUAACCCUCCUCAACUAGACUCGCAAUAUUCGAAGAACUUUCGUGAGUUUGUUGGAACGUGCCUUCAUCAUGAUCCAUCUUAUAGACCAUCUGCAAGGGAUUUGUUAAAACAUAAAUUUAUACGUAUGGCCAAAAAGACUUCAUACUUAAUUGAGUAUAUUGACCGCUACAAGAAAUACAGAGAAGUACAUCGUGAUGAUGAUGAAAAUGGCGAUAGUUCAGGAGACGAAAUCGAUGAAAGUUCUCACAGAAAUCCCAUUGAUACAUGGAAAUUCGUCACCGAAAGAGGCACGCCAAAUGGCAUCCUCUCAGAUUCUCCUACGAUACCAACAUCAAAAAAAUUACCUACUAUACUGAUUCCCGCCCUGGAAGAGUUGAGGUUGAAAUAUGGUGCUGAUGUUAUUGACAAUGUUCAAGACAUUUUACUCGAUGCAGAUAAAAAUGCUCCGGAAAUAAUUGAUAAACUCCUCGUCCAACUAAUACAUAAAAUCAAAAGUGUGUCAACCUAGCGACUGGUUGAAUUUAAGAUGUCGUGUUGUAUAUAAGUUUCAUCUUUCUUUCUCAAGAUCAAUUGAAUUCAUUUGGCAAGCAAACUAUUGUAUUAGAAACUGUAGUAACAGGCUAACAGCCAUCUUGUAUUCUUCGAUUGUACAGUGAAAAUGCGAAAUGCAUACGUUUACGCAUUGUCUUGAUGUGCAUGUUCGUAUAGCUUGGCAUUAGUUAAAAUUAGGUUAUUUAUCUACCAAUUUAUGCAAGUUUAAAUUAUCGCAACAUAAACAAGAUGGUGAAUAUCGGUUUCACUUGAAUAUAUUGCUGAUGAAAAUCGUAAUGUUUUGGUUUGUUUUGAGAUACUGGAUUUUGAGCAUCGUAGACUAAAAAGUGAAAGCGUUGUCGUGCUUCAUUUAGUCAUAUUGGAUUUUCACUUGACGCGUUUGUUCUGCGCAAAGAGAGAUGCCAUUGUUAGUAUUUGUUUUACUGACCAAGCUUUCGAAACGCAGCUUUUGAACUCGCUUAUUCGAGACCUAAAAACAUUUCUUUUUUUACUAAGUGUACUAAAACAAUCAUGCAAAAUAUCUUUUUCACGCAUGUAAUCGAGUAGAUAUCAUAUGUUUUAUUAACUUAUUGUAAUAGACCUUGUUGCAUAGGUUGCAUAUUGUAAAUUUGCUAAUGAGUAAGUAGUUCGCAUUUUUAUUUUUCAUUUCGUUGAAA